CCCUCCCUGAGCCACAUGAUUGUAACGCAUGCUGACAAUUUCAAGCCAUUUUCCAGCUCGGAUUCUCACAGAAAGACCAGACCAGACCAGAUCGGACCACAGGAGCAACAUCAAGCCUCAUAUCCAGCCGCUAACUUCACUUCUGCUUCAGGUCCCUCAGCUGUGGAAGGAUCAGCAGACAUGGACAGGAACAACGUCGUGCGGGUCUUCUUUCCUCUUCUCCUCGUCUUCCUGGGUGUGGCAAAGACUUCAGACCCUUUAUCGACUUUGGAAAACAUUGCAGGGAAGCUGGUUUUCUAUCAGAUGGAGGGAAAUGCCACUUAUGUGAGAGACACAGGAGAGCUGGCGUCAGACGUUCCCACAGAGACCAUGUUUGAACUCUUUGACCCGCAGCAGAAUUUCAGCUCCACCAAAUUCACCUACACGUGGGAUUUAGGCAACGGAGAGGUGAUCCAAGGGACGGAGCCCGUUGUCCGCUUUCUUUACUCAGUGUCAGGGAAUUACACGCUGCAGCUCAAAGUGGGAGUGGACGUGAACAAGUCCGCUCCUGCAGUCACUGAGGUCUACUCCACUGACGUCAAAGUGCUCGAUGCCAUCAAACACAUCGAGAUGAAAGGACCUCCAGAUUACAAAGUGUCUCAGGAUUCAAGUUUGUCUUUUCACGUCGACGGAAGUCCUCCCAUAUGGGUGUGCUGGCGUUUCCUGCCUUACUGUGUGCCAGACGCCUCCAUCGGCUGCACGCUGACUGUGCUGUAUGAAAACACGCUGAGUCUCAAUCACACGUUCACCUCAGCCGGCGUUCACUGCGUCGACAUCAGCGUCCGCAACGACGUCAGCAAACUGCAGACGUCCUUCAGCCUCUACAUCAAGAGAAGUGAUUACAGUCAUCUGUUCUUCAUCCUGACGUGUGCCGCCGUCCUCCUCGCAACCUUCUCCUUCAUCACAGUCGUCGCCUGUCGUCGCAGCAAAUCACAGAUUGCUGCUUCCACUAAUGCCGUGUUCCUGAAGAACGGACACUCAGAAGGUCAAGGCAGGAUCAUCUUUAACUUCUCCAACAUAGAGAGAGGAGAGCGGGCGCCGCUCAUGUCACAGUACGGAAGACAGCAUUUGUCUUAACCAUCACGCCGCUCUUCUGUAUAAACUCUAUUUGUAUUUGAAAAUGCAGUCACAACAACGUCCAUCGAAUCACAAAUCACCGUAUUUUAAACAUUUAUGUAACAAAACUGUUAAAAACCAACACAGCACACGUCAGUUUAUAAUCGUUUAAAUUGUAUUAUCUUAAA